UCACAAUAAUGUCGCAGCGCAGAGCAAAACUGAAGCUGAAGAGCAAAUGGGAAGUGUAAUGUUAUCUUCUUCCUCUGAACUGAUGGUUUUCCAUCGCUUGCUCCGACCCGCUCCUAUCCCUUCUUUCUCUUUCCUUAAGCAAUCUCUUUCUCUUCCCCAUCAAACGACGUCGCUUCAUCCCAUCACCAACACUACUUCUCCGUCCUUCUUCCCCUCUUUUCAUAACCAUUCAUCAAUCUUCCUUCGCUCUAGAACUUUCUCGAACCAUCCAGUUAACUGUGGUUCUCAAGCCCUACUGGAAUCCCCUGAGGAUGUGGAUGACGAGGAAAUUGCAAAAGAAAAUGGAGAAGUGAGAGCUGCUCCGAGCGAGUCUGAAAGAAAAUUAUUGAGGGCGAAGUUACCGAACCUGACAGUGAAGGAGAAGAAAGAAUUGACAUCGUAUGCACACAGUCUAGGGAAGAAGCUAAAGAGCCAACAGGUCGGCAAGUCUGGUGUCACUGAUUCUGUGAUAUUUGCGUUGAAUGAGACACUUGAAGCUAAUGAGCUUCUCAAGCUCAAAAUACAUGGUUCCUGUCCAGGAGGAGAGCUGGAUGAUGUUGUUAAGCAUUUAGAGGAAGCAACUGGGUCAGUGGCUAUUGGUCAAAUCGGUAGGACUGUGAUUCUCUACCGUCCAAGCGUCACAAAAUUAAAAGCAGAAGAGAAGAAAAAACAGGCUCAAAAUGCUUUUAUGAGAAAAAAACAAUAUGCGGCGAAACAAUCAUUUGAGAGUAAAGGACAAGUACCAAGACCAUAUGCACGCGGGCGCCGAGGAAGUAGCAGGGUUUGAAUUUCUACCAGAGCCACCACAGUGUUCCCAUGGCUAAGUUAAAAUUUUGCAAAGUUUCUUAGGAUAUGCGCAUACGUUUAUUCGGUUUGAAGAAGAAGAUACGAGGGACAAAGACUUGGAAUAUAUCAGCUGAAGAAAUUUGUAUAAGAAAAGGUUGCAUUUGUACCUUUUAUCUUCCUUUUUUGUUUUCUCUUUUUUGGGCGGAGUUGGAAAUAGUACCAGAGACGUUCACUUAGUAUAGAUUGAUCUGGAAUCUGAUCAUUAUCCAUAGUAGAUUGACGUCGGAAAAUGUCAUAUGCCUGGUUGCAAAAAUCGUUAAUUUUUAACUAAUGUGGAGAAUAGUAGACUUUAGUAAUGGAUCUUUGAUGUCUUAAAUUUACGCUUUAUGUAUCAUGGUUCUGACUAAUUUUUGUCA